CGGGCAUGUACUGGCAGGAGCUGACGCUCAAAAACACUCUUCUCAAACCCGACGACUUGACUUCCUCAAAUGUUCCUUUGUAGCGUCACUGCAUGGAGCAUAUUAGUGACUUUUAGAAAUUUUCUCUGUCCUGUUCAGGAUGUCCUCAACAUUGAGUAAGACAGGUGGACGUGUUGAUAAAGACAAGAAGUGCGCACAAAGAGCCACAGAUGAGAAGCAGGCAGUCCAAGAGAGAACUUUUACCAAGUGGAUAAACAUGCAUUUGAAGAGAUGUGAACCACCUUUACAGGUUAAUAACUUAUUCACUGAUAUUCAAGAUGGAAAGGUUCUCAUGGCUCUUCUAGAGGAACUGUCAGGCUGUAAUUUGUUUGAUCACUAUAAAUCUAUUCCACAUCGCAUCUUCAGACUAAACAAUAUUUCGAAGGUCUUGAAUUUCCUUGAGGACAGAAAUGUGAGUCUUAUAAAUAUUGAUUCUAAUGAUAUUGCUGAUGGCAAUCCUUCAGUUGUUCUCAGGCUAAUCUGGAACAUCAUUGUAUACUAUCAGAUUAAACAGGUCACGGGAAGCCUGGAGAAGUUCCCUUCUACCUUCAGUCUGCUGUCAUUACCUUGUGGCAGUGAUUCUUCAGGUCGUAGUUCUCCAGUAUCAUCUGGAGAUGACGUUUUCGGCACUCUACCCUCAAAAGGCAAGAGGUCAUCUCAAAAUCUCAAGUACCGCGGUACAGCCAUAAAGUCUCUGCUUAGUUGGGUGCAGAACUGCACAGCAAAAUAUGGGGUAGAAAUUCAUGAUUUUGGUAAAAGCUGGAGGAGCGGAAUGGCUUUUCUGGCUCUUGUUAAAUUCUUCUGUCCUGAAUUUGUGGACAUGAGGAAAGCUUUGUCCUCUGAGCCCCAUCUAAACAUGGAGACAGCCUUCACAGCAGCAUAUGAGUGGCUGGGGAUUUCUCCACUGCUGGAUCCAGAUGAUGUUGCAGUGCAUUCACCAGAUGAGCAGUCUGUCAUCACUUAUGUAGCCCAGUUUCUUGAAUGUUGUCCAGGCCAUGGUGAGGACAGUGCAUCAACAGAUUCCUCUAGAGGCACACCAAACUCCAUUGAAAGAUGGGACAGACCUUGGAUUGAUUCAGUUAGCUGUGUGUUACAAUCUAAUGCCUCCGCUGAAGCUUUGAGACGCCUUCAUAACCCUUCUGAGACCAGCAAAGAACAACAAACCUACCUUACUGGAGAUCAAGAACUCAGCUCAGAGUCACUUCCCGUCUGUCCUUUAGACAACCCCGUGGGUUUAGCUGCUUUACCCCAACAUUUCCUCAACAUGAAGAGUUCCAGCUGGUCAAAUGGACAAUCCCUCUCGGAAUCCACUGGGGGGCAAUGUUGUGAAUCUUUAGCUGAGAUUUCAAAGGGAGCUGUUUAUGCGAUGUCAAUGCUGGAUUCAGAUGAAGAGGACGCAUACAGCUAUAUCUUAGAACUGGACCAUAAAGCUGGAAUAGAGUCAAAUGUCGACUUUAAAUUAAAUACAGUUAUGGAUACGCAUGGAAUAGAGUUUGAUUUCAAUGUUGUCAGUACACUUGAAUCCCAAGGAAGUGAAAGAAACUCAUUGUGUCAUUUGUGUGAUACACAGAGUCAUUUAAAACCCACAGAUGUAUUGAUGUCAGUGACAACCAAAGUACAGACGAAAGCUCACUGGGCCAAGUCAUUGACAUCCAUGUGUCCCAAAGGGACUGUGACUCUCUGCCGAUGAAUCACUGGUAUAGACAACACAGUAAAGACUGCCAGAUCAUCUGGUGAUGAAUGUUUGGACUUGGACUGUUCAUUCAACGUGAAAGAGCGUAUUUACUCAGAUGUAUUUACUCAGACUCACAGUGAUGAUGCUGACGAUGUGCAAGUGGAAAAUGGGCUUCAUGAGGAAAAAACUAGAGAGGACCUUUUCCUUUGUGCAGUGAAGGAUAGUAUAUCAGAAAAUGACCAAUAUGAGCAAAACAGCCUUUUAGAUCAAAGUGUUUUGGAUAGAAUAACUGAAGAACCUGCAGUUUCAAAUACACAGAGGAACGGGUGUUGUGACCGAACUAGUUAUGAGGUGGAAGAGCUACAUGUGCUUCUGUUCCUCUGGAUGCUUGCCUACUGCUGCCUUAUAUAUCCUCACCUGGAUAUCUUAAGUCUAUUAAGUAAAAACUAGCAAUAUAAUUACAAGGAAAGUUGUACAAAGUAAACUCAGUUUAUCUCCUUCUCACUGUUUGUAAGGGCACUGUUUCUUUGUCAGGAUCAGUGCUAAAACUUAUCACAUACUGGAUUUACAGUUGAAGAGUUACAGACUUGCAGUAGACUGUGGAUUUUCAGUAUGACAUUAGGAGAGAAUGCCAGGUAUAUUUAAACUUUGAAAAAGGUCAUAUCAUUUUUUUUUUUUUUUUUUUCCACAGAUAUUGUUAGUUAAGGUUUAUUUCAGUUUUACAUUACUUUUAGAAAAAGAGUGAUUCAGGGAUGACAUAAUUUUGUAGGCCAGACCAGAAAUUAGUAACACCCUGGUUCCCUUAAUAAUAAACCAAUAGGAUUUUGUCUUUUGGAUUAUUGAAAAUAACUUGUUUUCAGGUUUUACAACUCAUUACUGCAGCACUCUAUAAAUAUUGCCCUUAUUGUACCUUUAAUAUAUCUAUGUACAAAAUUGUCUUUGCAUGUGACAUGAGCAAAAGGUUCAUUGUUAUUUGAAAUGGAUGAUUUUUUUAUGAAUAAUAUUUCCCUGAAUCUAUGCACUGAUACUGUUUUAUUCAUUUAUUGUGUUUCAUUAAUUACUAUAACAAAUAAUAUAACCUUAAUCUGGCAUGUAUAAUAUUGUACAAUAUUGAAAAGCAUUAAAGAAUAAAAUAAUAUGAAUAUUUAUUUUGACACUCCUUGUACUCAGGAAAUAAAAAAAAAGUUUGUUUAAUUUAAUUUGACAGUUGUUUGACAGUUGAAUGCCUCAUUAUUGAAGCUUAAUAUAAUUGAUAGUCCUACCUAAUAAUCUCAUUAGAACAGUAGUUGAACAGUUUAACACUAUCAGAUGCAAACAUGUUACAAUUUAUAACAAAUGUUUACAUGCAGCAAUAAAGUGUCUUUAAGUUUGUCCCAGCAAUCAAACUGUGUGUGU